AUGAAACUUGCCCCAGCCAAUGCUGUGUGGCGACCCAGAGCUCAUUUUGGCAGUCGUCCAUCUCUUUGUCGCUUUGUGAAAGUCUUUUCUUUUCUUUUUCUCUUUUUCUUUCUUUUCUUCUUCGUCUUCUUCGUUUUCUUCUUCUUCAACCUAACCCCAACCAGCCACCGGAGCACCACCACGACCCCACGGCCAGCCCUUCAUUCCUCCUCCGCCACAUUACUCCGUCCUAAAACCACCGUCGCCGCCGUCACAUCCCAAUCCCAACCCUUCUCCUUCAACAAGAACUACUCCAUCUCCGACAAAGACCUCAACUCCCGAGGGUUCAUCCUCCGCUGUACACCGUCAGAUCUCAACCUCGACAACCUCAACAAAGUCUUCGUCGCCGUCGGAUUCCCCAAACGCGACACAGACAAUAUCAGAAUCGCACUCGAAAACACCGACACACUUCUCUGGAUCGAGUAUGAGAAAACUCAACGACCAGUCGCGUUCGCCAAAGCAACCGGAGACAGAGUUUUCAACGCGAUUAUUUGGGACGUUGUCGUCGAUCCUUCGUUUCAGGGUUUCAGUUUGGGUAAAGCGGUUAUGGAGAGAUUAAUAGAUCAGCUUUUGGAGAAAGGAAUUACGAAUAUUGCUCUGUAUUCUGAACCUCGUGUUCUAGGGUUUUAUAAACCCAUGGGUUUUGUUGCAGAUCUGGAUGGGAUUCGAGGAAUGGUUUAUUCGAGAAAAAACAAAAAGAAGUAAAGAAAAAAAACAAAAUCAUUUUUAUUUUUAUUUGGUCGGAGGUUGUGGUUGGGGUCGUGGGGUCGGGGCUGGAGUGGGGUUAGGGCUGGCCGUGGGGUCGUGGUGGUGCUCCGGUGGCUGGUUGGGGUUGGGUUGAAGAAGAAGAAAACGAAGAAGACGAAGAAGAAAAGAAAGAAAAAGAAAAAAAGAAAAGAAAAAAAAAAGAAAAAGAAAAAGAAAAAAAGAUUUUUUAAAAAAAUUAUUUAUUUAUUUUUAUUUUUAUUUUUUUAAAUUAAAAUAAUAAUACCCACCAAUAAUAUUUCGACACGUGGCAUUUGAAUUAGGUUUAACAGAUCUGUUAACUUGGAGACCAACGGACAAAUAAAAAGUGUGACCUUGAGGACUAUUGCCGCUAUUUUUGGAGCUUGGGGACUAAUCUGCAUCAACGUGAACUUUUUGGGGACUUUUGCCGCAAAUUUCCCAUAAAAAUAAGAUGGAAAAAAUGCUUCUAAUUAUGCUUAUUUGUUUGCUUCUAAUUCUUUUUAAUUUCUAGAUUAUUAGAAUCAAUAAUAUAGGUUAGAAGUAGAGGUGUUUAUUGGACCAUAUUCAAUGUUUUUAGACCUAUUCAAAUUCGAUCCAAUUAUAUAUUGGAUGUUAAAUUUUAUCAUCCGAUCCGAUCUAAUUAAUUUCAGACAUACAAUUGAUCUAAUAUCCAUUAGAUGUUGGAUUUGAUCAGUUUUAUCCAUUAGAUGUAUUUUAUAUAUACUUAUUGGUUUAAUUUGGGCUUAUCCAAUAUUUUAGGCCUAGUAUUUUUUUUAGAUCGGAUCGGAUCCAUCUAAUAUUUUAGGUCCAUUAUGUAUUGGAUCGGAUUGGAUCCAUCCAAUCUAAGAAAAAAGAAUAAAAUGUUAAUGUUAAUUUUCUUGUAUACAAAUAUAUUUUACGUAUAACAAUAUAAAAUCUAAUUACUCAUCCUAUUUUAAUGUUAAUUUUACUGUGGGUUAAAACUUGGUUCAUGCUA